GAUAUAGAUUAACAGUGAUGUACAAAGCACUGUUAGUGUUUCCGCUCAUUUUGACGGUUUCGAGUUUCGUGACCGCCGAAAACAACCCAACAUUUCCCGAUGGAUUCUUGUUCGGCGUCGCUACGGCAGCCUACCAGAUUGAAGGAGCGUGGAAUGAAGAUGGGAAAGGUGAAAGUAUCUGGGACCACUUCGUCCACAGCAACGCCUCAGUCAUUCAAAACAAUGACACCGGAGAUAUAGCCUGUGACUCAUAUCACAAAUACAAGGAAGACAUAGCUCUUGCGAAAGAGCUUGGUGUGAACCAUUAUAGGUUUUCGGUCUCUUGGACUAGAAUAUUACCUACUGGUUUUGCUGAUCAAAUCAACGUCAAGGGGAUUAUGUACUACCAAAAUUUAGUAAACGAAAUAGUGAAACAGGGCAUGAUACCUGUUGCCACCUUGUACCACUGGGAUCUUCCUCAAUCCUUGCAGGAUAUCGGGGGAUGGACGAACCCAGAACUGGUCCACCACUUCGUCAAUUAUUCUCGAAUAGUAAUAGAGAGCUUGGACCAAGUUGGAUACUGGAUUACUAUCAACGAACCGAGACCAAUCUGCCAAUAUGGAUAUGGUGCAGGAGCCUUUGCUCCUGGUAUAGCCCUAGAUGGUAUAGGCGAAUAUUUGUGUGCGUAUGUCUUGGUGAAAGCACACGCUGCUGUGUACCAUAUGUAUAAAACAGAAUUUCCAGACUUAAAAGCUAAAAUGUCAAUAACGUUUGAUGGAGAAUGGUACGAACCAGCUAGUGACAACGACGCUGAUAAAGAAGCUGCAGAAAGAAGAAAACAGUUUGAGUUUGGAUUAUACGCUAAUCCGAUAUUGAAUGGAAACUGGCCUCAGGUGGUAGUAGAUCGAGUAAAGUAUCGCAGUGAAAAUGGGAAUUACUCAAAAUCGCGCCUUCCCGAGUUCACCGAAGAGGAAAUCGCAUAUAUCAACGGCACCUUUGAUUUUAUCGGUCUCAACACAUACUAUACUUUACUCGUUGCCGAUGCCGCUGAGGGUGAUUUUGCCAACACAAGUUCUGAAGACGACAUCAGGGCCACCGCAUCUACAGAUCCUUCGUGGCCUGUAGCACCAAAUGGAAAUACGGUUGUACCUUGGGGAGCUAGAAAAUAUUUAAAGUGGGUAAAAGAUACAUACAAUAACCCUGAUAUUUUAAUCACGGAAAAUGGCGUCGCUGAUGAUGGCAGUACUUUGGAAGACGACGACAGGAUCAGCUUUUAUCAGGACUAUCUUAAAGCAAUACUUGAUGCAAUGUAUGAAGACGAAGUAAAAGUAUUUGGAUAUACUGCAUGGAGCUUGUUGGAUAAUUUCGAAUGGACAAAAGGAUACAGUGCGCAUUUUGGACUUUACCAUGUAAACUUUACCGAUCCGGACAGGAAAAGGACUGCAAAGAAGUCGGCAAGCUACUACAAAUUUGUAGCUACCACCCAUGAACUACCAGAAAUUACAACUACAAACGUUUCUCCAGAAUCUACCACUCACCAUGGUUCCGCUAAUAAAGUAUUCAGUUCUAAUGUCUUAGUAGUAGUUCUGAGUUUUAUAUAUAUGUGGUUCAAGUUAAUGUAAAUAUUUCGGAGUCACUUCGAAUACUUGUACUCUUUGAUCAGCAUUCCGAUACGCAUUAAAAGCACCACUAUACCUAUUGUUAUUUAUUUAUUUAUAUUAUAUUUGAUUCUAUUAUUGUUAUAUUUUUUGCCAGGGAGUUAGAAAUAUUUAUAUUUGCAUGUUUUAAGUGCUUAACCCAAAGAGAUAAUUUGUUUUCACUAAAAUUACAUAAAUUUAUAAUAAUGUGUUGUACAUAUAUUAUGUUAGUAGAAAUGUUUAAAGAUUCAUUUAACUAUUAUUAAUUACAAUUUAUACGUUUUUAUAAAAAAUAUAUUAAAGCCAAAAUUUUAUUUAAAA